CUGUCUCCCCCCCGCUUCUCCCCGGCGGUGACACCGGGCUGAGCCUCCUCAUCUCCCACGCGUUGCUUGGGAGCCACUCAGUUGAUAUGCCGGCUUGCUGGUUUGCUCGUUAUCCCCAUCCCCCCACAUACACACACACACAGACCGGGAAAAUCCCCUCUUAGCCCCGUUUUAACCGCACUGGCCACGUGGCAUUUGCAGAGGCGGUGGCGCCCCCUGAAUUGGGCGCUGCUCGAGAACAUCCCGCCGGGCUUCGUGGACCUGUUGUGGGGAUGCGGAGGGAGACAGGGAAAGGAAGCAGGAGCGCCUGUUAAGCAAACAUUAGAGAUGCCUGUGGAGAUUCUCAAUCAUCCCGGGUCAUGGUUGUCCCAGAGGUGCCUUUUCCAAAAGGCAAACUGGACUUUCUCGGGUUUUUCCCUUGGAAAACGAAAGUUAGAACCGAAGAAGCUUCUUGGAGGAGAAGCGAAACCUUUUCAAAAGUAAAGCCCAGUUGCCUUUUGGGGGGGGAAAAGCAUUAAAGUGCUCCUAAUUUUGACCCAUUCGUGUCCAUGUAUAGUUGAAACUCCUGGUUUGAAGCUCCAGCAGCUGCAAUUGCUAUCCACGAGGUUAAAGGUUUGCAGGCGACUGGGGAUUAUAGAAGUUGAUUACUUCGGACUCCAGUUUACAGGAAGCAAGGGAGAGAACUUGUGGCUGAAUUUGAGAAAUAGAAUAUCCCAACAGAUGGAUGGCUUGCCUCCUUACAGAUUGAAACUACGGGUCAAGUUCUUUGUGGAGCCACAUCUGAUCUUGCAGGAGCAGACAAGGCAUAUGUUUUUCCUGCACAUAGAGGAGGACCUUCUGGCUGGUAAUCUACAGUGUCCUUCUGAACGUGCUGUCGAAUUAAGUGCUUUGCUUGCCCAGUUGAAGUUUGGUGAAUAUAAUCAGAAUACUGCCAAAUACCACUACGAAGAGUUCUGUAUGAAAGAACUGACCUCUUCUACUUUGGACAGUAUUAUUGCAAAACAUAAGGAUCUUGACGGUCUCAGCCAAGUUUCAGCUGAAUAUCAAGUUUUACAGAUUGUGUCAACACUAGAGAACUAUGGAGUAGAAUGGCAUUCGGUUAGAGACAGCGAGGGGCAAAAACUUUUUAUUGGAGUUGGCCCUGAAGGCAUUUCCAGAUGUACAGAUGACUUCACUCCCAUCAACAGGAUUGCAUAUUCAGUUGUUCAGAUGGCUACACAGUCUGGGAAGAAUGUAUAUUUAACUGUCACUAAAGAAUCAGGAAACAGCAUCGUUCAUCUUUUCAAGAUGAUCAGCACCAGAGCAGCUAGUGGACUAUACAGAGCAAUAACAGAAACACAUGCAUUUUACAGGUGUGAUACUGUUACUAGCGCUGUCAUGAUGCAAUAUAGCCGAGACCUAAAGGGCCACUUGGCAUCCUUGUUCCUGACAGAAAAUAUUAAUCUUGGGAAAAAGUAUGUAUUUGACAUUAAGCGGACAUCUAAGGAAGCUUAUGAUCAUGCAAGACGAGCUCUUUACAAUGCUGGCAUUGUGGAUCUAGUUUCAAGUAAUGACCAAAGCCCCCCCAGUUCUCCUCUUAAAUCGUCAGAAAACAGUAUGAACUGUAACAACAAUUGUGAGGGUCUCAACUGUCAGCAAAUGAAAGCUCUUCAGGAAAAACUACGGAAGUUUAAGGAGUCUCUGCUGUGUAUGGCAUGCUGUGAAGAAGAAAUAAAUUCAACAUUUUGUCCAUGUGGCCACACUGUGUGCUGUGAGACAUGCGCCAUACAGCUACAUGUGUGUCCAGUCUGCAGAUCUGAAAUAGAACACGUGCAGCAUGUAUAUUUGCCUACCCACACAAGCUUGCUUAAUUUGACUCUAAUAUGACCUCUGUGUUACUUUAACUAAUCCAUACUUCCAAAGUACUGCCCUAAAGUUCCAAUUCCACCGAUAAAAAAGAACUAUCACUUCUGCAUCUGCCAACAAUUACUGGAAGGACCACGACAAAAGUUGGAAAGGGAGAAUAUGAACAAGCUCUUAUUAGAAUAAAUUUUAGAGGAUAUACUGUGAAUGACUUGUAGACAAACUUGUGUUAUUUGAAACAGCAUUAUUAAUAAAUUAACAAUAUUCUGAGAGUAAAGAUGAAAAUUUAGUCUGCAGUAUCCAGCAGUAACUCAGUUUUAUGCAUUUUAUUAAAAUUGUUUUAAAAAUUACUUUAGCAUGACCAUUCCCAUUUAUCUUUUAGAAAGACUAGUUUUUAAUACGUACAUCCAUUGUAGUAUAAUUACGUUUCUGCUUUUGUUUUACUGAAGUAAGAAACUUAUUUUUAAAUUUGUGCACUUAAGAAAUUAAGAUUGCAAAGCUUUAAGCAAAUAGCUGGGUUUAUUCAGCAGAUCUUGCAAUCAGAUUACUUGCAAAAUUUAUUAUCAAUUUUUGAGUCAAUCAGCAGCCUGGUGGGUACCUAAGAAAAUGUGGAUAAAACACUUAAAAUGUAAUUUUGAUUUUCUAAAGAUUUUCUGUCCUUAGAAAACUCAGCUGUUGUUUCUGUUCAUAUGCCUUAUAUUUGGAGAAAUGUUCCUCAAAUACUAUAAUCUUAGUGUCUCCUUAAAAUGCAGUUGUGUUAAAUUUCUUAAAACCAUCUGCCACAAACCCUAUUUUCCCUAAGCAUUUUGGAUUUUGGUCAACUAGUGAAUGCCACAGAAUACUGAAAGCUAGAUGAUCAUGUGCAAUACUAGCUGAAAUGAAAGCUAGAAAAGUCACUUUACUGCGACUUUCUAAAUAUACUUUUCAUAUUGCCUUAAUGUAGCAGUAAUAUGUGUAUGCAUUUGUUUCUUUGCACAGACAUUUUGUCAAAUAUCAAAACUCUACUUUUUUAUAGCACAUUAGCAUAUAAAUCUUGUUCCCAAAAAGAUAUUUAUUUUUUCACUUUGUAAAAAUGUUUUGUUUCCACAUGAAGUAAGAGCUCCUCUAUGAUAGAAAACUUCUCUUUUUUUAUAUAUUCAGGUUAAUAAAGGACUUUUAAAAUA